CGUCAGUUUUGUGGAAACAACCAAUCAGAGGCGGCCCCCGGCUGACCGGAAGCUGUGUUGUUUACAUUUUCCAAGAUGGCGGCGGGGAUGUAUUUGGAGCAUUAUUUGGACAGCAUAGAGAACUUGCCCUUCGAGUUGCAGAGAAACUUCAAUUUGAUGAGGGAUUUAGACCAACGCACAGAAGAUCUCAAAGGACAGAUAGACUCCCUCGCAAAAGAAUACACAUCGAAUGCUCGCACUCUUUCCUCUGAGCAAAAGCUGUCCAUACUGAGGCAAAUCCAGCAGUCGUACAGCAAAUGCAAAGAGUUUGGCGAUGACAAGGUGCAACUGGCCAUGCAGACCUACGAGAUGGUGGACAAGCACAUAAGACGCCUGGACACAGACCUGGCCCGUUUUGAAGCCGACCUGAAGGAAAAACAGAUCGAGAGUACGGAUUAUGAUUCCACCUCCAGUAAAGGAAAGAAAGUGGACACCAGACACAAGGAAAAGAAGACUGCUAAAACGAGAUCUAAAGUCAAGAGCUCCGAUGAAGACGGCAGUCCCAAGAGUGCCCAGAAGAAAGUCAAACUCCUUCAAACGGGUGAAUUCAACAGCCCCUCCGCCAACUUUGGGAAUGUGCACCCAUCCGAUGUGCUGGACAUGCCAGUGGACCCCAACGAGCCCACCUACUGUCUAUGCCAUCAGGUGUCUUAUGGCGAGAUGAUCGGCUGCGACAACACUGAUUGCUCCAUUGAGUGGUUCCAUUUUGCGUGUGUGGGUCUGACAACCAAACCACGAGGCAAAUGGUAUUGUCCACGCUGCUCUCAAGACAGAAAGAGAAAAUGAAAUGUUUGUACCGGAACAGACACUAAUCUGUUGUGAGGGGGGGAUUCUUCAUGGAUUAGUACAUUUCUUUUGUUUUUCAUCUUCCUUAACAUGUGGUGCUCGCCUCCCCCCCCCCUUUUUUUUUGUAUUUGCCUUGUUUUGAUGCUGUGUGUAAAGAAUUUAUGGUUUCAGGUGUAUUUAAAAGCUGUUUUUUUUUCUCUUAGUUACAUUGGUGCUCUUAUAGAUUUUUUUGAAACGUUUUGUUUAAAUAAUAAACACUACAACUGCCCCGAAAUUGCAUAAUGGUUUCAAUCUGCAUGGUACUACUACUAUUGAAACGCGAAAAGUAUUUUCUCUGAAAACAAUGUGGCCAUUUAUCUUUUUCCUUUGUUGUAUAGUUCCUGUUUUUAUGCCACGGAGAACAAAUUUGACCCAUAUUUUCCAGGUAAGAGGACAAAAAUACGGCAUCCUGAAGGCAUAAGUCAUCUCUUUGGUAGUGAUGAUUUUAUUUUAGCAUCUUUGAUCGAGUGUGAGGCAUGUUGUGAAAACUAUUGUCAUCGAUGUAGCUGGAACAUUGGUACAAGGGGGAGGGUGUGACUGUGUUAUCAAUCAUUUGAAUACAGCUACUACCUCAAA